UCCUUCGUGUGAUGCCAUUCUCCCUUGUUGCCAUAACAACUCAAACUACAGCAACGAUGGCUAGCGAAAAUAUGUUCGAGUUUUACGCUGCUGUCUGCGGACAACAUGAGAUAGAAAUAAAUCCAUACAUUAUACAAGUGUUGAAGGAUACUACGGUAACGGAGAGUGUGACCUUAAAACUGACAGGAAACAACCGGCUGACAAACGUUCAGCGACUUAAUGACGACGACAUUCUCGCUGUCUCGGAAUGUCUGAGAAACAACCGUAGUGUGUCAGGUCUUGAUGUCAGGUACAAUCACAUAACAGAUGAAGGGGUCGGACACCUCGUUGGCCUCUUACAGGAGGACGGCUCAGCUCUGCUCUCUCUGGACCUGAUGUUCAACGACAUCCAGAGAGACGGAGCGGAAGUUCUCGCCAAGAGCCUGCAGUGUAACAGCACCUUGCUCUCUCUCAGACUGUCAGGAAAUAAGAUCGGGAACAGAGGAGCCAUGCACUUGGCCAGCAUGCUGCAGGUCAACAACACCCUGAAGGAGCUGCAGCUGGCUGACUGCGACCUGGACACUCAGAGUGUGAUAGCGUUUGCCAUCGUGUUGAAAAGCAACAAGACUCUUCUCUCUGUCGAUAUCAGCCGGCCACUGCUCUUCAGCCACCAGGAGGAGUGUGCGGUGCACUUCUCUGAGAUGCUGGUGGUGAACAGCAGCCUGGUGGAGCUCCACCUGGGGAAGAUGGGGAUGACCGACACGGGGAUGGAGAGGCUGACUGAAGGCCUGCGGCUCAACCACAGCCUGCGCUACCUGGACCUGCGCUGUAACCGCGUGACUCGUGAUGGCGUGCGUCUCCUAGCCGAGCUGCUGAAGCAGAACCAGACCCUGGAGAUCGUAGAUCUGUCGUCCAAUCGGAUUGAAGAUGAAGGUGCUGGGUACCUGAGCGAGGCCAUCGCCUGGCCAGGCUGCGCCCUGAGAGAGCUGUCUGUCAGCAGUAACAACAUCAGGUCGGAGGGUCUGCUGUCUCUGGCUCGGGCUCUGACCGUUAACACAACUCUGAACCACAUCUACAUCUGGGGGAACCACCUGGAGGAGUCGGUCUGUCAGGCCUUCAGAGAGCUGAUCGCCAGCGGCCGCCUGCCUCCGGAGCAGACGGACGUUAGCCCGUACGAGGUGGACGGUCGGGUGUUUCUCGCGGAGCUCUUCCACAGUUUGAGGAGAAACUAUUACAGCACAAACGGCUCCGGUACAAACACAUCCUUCACCUCCGACGCUUCAACAGACCUGCUGACAAACAACGGCGCCAGCCGCGACUCCACCGUCCCGCCACACAUUGAGAGUCAGCAGAGUGUUCCCCUGCAGUCCUGCUAAGGCUCUCAUUAA